AGUCAAACUAGUAAUUAACACACAAAUGAAUUAAAAUUGUUAUCGCACUGUGAUAAUUAUGAAUAAUCGAUGCUACCGCGAAACGUUUAUGUAAUUUUUCUUUCUCUUCUUGGCUUUUCAACAAACGAUGUUUUCGAGUCAUGGCCUACAACAAAAUUAAUAGAACGCGAUGGAUAUUACGGAGAGACGCAUAAUGUUACUACGGAAGACGGGUUUAUUUUGAGUUUACACAGGAUCCCGGGGAAAUUAAAUUCUACUCCGGUAUUGCUAAUACAUGGUUUGCUUUGUACUUCAGCUUUAUGGGUUGUUUUAGGAAAAGAAAAAUCAUUGGCGUAUUUAUUAGCCGAUGAAGGAUAUGACGUUUGGCUAGCAAAUUCUCGAGGGAGUUCUUAUUCAAUGUCCCAUGUUAAUUUAACUACUGAUGAUUUUGAAUUUUGGGAUUUUAGUUACAAUGAAAUGGGUAUUUACGAUUUACCAGCUAUGAUCGAUUAUAUUACGUCAAUAGUAAAUGAUAAAAUAAUAAUUAUUGGACACUCGCAAGGUACUAUGCAAAGUUUUAUAAUGGAAUCUGAACGACCAGAAAUGACUGAAAAAAUCAAAGGAUUAAUUUGUCUUGCGCCAAUUGCAUUUCUGGGACAUGUAGAGUGGCGUAUAAAAAAUAUCGGGCCAGUACUAGCUAAAAUUGCUAAUUUUUUUAGAAAUUUUGGUCUUCUAAAUAGCUUUGGAGUUCAAACGCUGGCAUUUAAAACCAUUUUAUCUUUUGGUUGCAAAUUAUUUAAAAUCCAAAACUAUUUUUGUCAAAAUAUUUAUUAUUCAAUUAUUGGGUUUGAAGAUCACCAAUUCAAUAGCACUCUUUUAAAUCCAAUUUUGGAUAAUUAUCCAGCUGGAACAUCAUUCAAAAAUUUAAUACAUUUUUCGCAAGACGUUGAAUUUAAUGUCUUCGCAAAAUACGAUUACGGUGAAGGAGAGAAUUUAAAAAUUUACAAUUCGUCUAAACCACCUGACUAUGAUUUAUCGAAAGUUACCUCUCCAACUGCUUUGAUUUAUUCAAAGGCUGAUUGGUAUUCAAACCCUACGGAUGUGGAAGCGCUUAUUGAUGUGUUACCAAAUAUAAUCGAUGUAUACGUUGUAGAUCAUCCAAAAUUUACCCAUAUGGAUUUUUUGUGGGCUAUCGAUGCUAAAUCGCUACUGUAUGAUCAUGUCAUUGAUCUUGUGAAGAAAUUCAGCAAUUAAGAUCUCGAAAAUAAUGAUAAUUUUAAUGGUAUUUGAAAAAAAAAUCUUAAAGUAUAAACAUAAAGGAGAAA